AUGGGGCCGCGUGGCGCAGCCGCGGUGGCCGUGGGGCUGUGGGUCUUGGUGACGGUGGGCGUGGCGCCGGACCCCGAGGUGGUGGAGCCUCCGCGGCGCCUCCUCUCACACUACCGCUCCCUGGACCCCCGGGCGCUGCUGGCCAUCAAGGCACUGAGGGACCGCUAUGAGGAAGAGACGCUGAGCUGGAGGCCGCGCAACUGCUCGUUCCGCCGGAGGAGGGACCCUCCGCGGCCUUCCUCCCGUGCGCUGCUCCGCCAGGUGGCCCGCGGCCUCGCCGACGCCCAAGACGUGCUGAGCGGCCUGCCGAGCCCCGAGCUGUUCCCCGGCGUCGGCCCGACCCUGGAGCUGCUGGCGGCCGCGGGGCGGGAC